CAGUCGCGCUCUAGCCGCCCUGGAGCCCGCGCGUGUUGUGUGUGUGUGCGAAAUGUUGCCGGCAACAAGCUGGCCGCAGUGAGACAACAGCUUCAGAUAUGCUCCAGUCGUUAUUACAGCCCAGAGAUAAUCAGCGGUCCAAAAUGAUUGGCGCUAUGCCAGCAGUUGCUGUGCGCCAUGAACGCCGGCGAGCUGAGAAGAGGGGCACAGGGGGGCGCCGGCCCUCCCAGCUGCCCCUCCAGAUGGGGCGAAUGCCAGACAUGGACGCCACUCCGUCCCCGGACACCCACCGUCUGAGGAACGAGCUCUAUGUGUGUGGGAAGGUGAGUGAGGUGGCAGCACUACACGCCGUGGUGGGCUCCCUUCUCCUGGGCAUCGUGGUGCUGGUGGUGGGGCUAGUGCAGCUGUCGCCGGGGGCGGAGGCCGCGCAGCACCGCUACUACCUGAUGGGGGCUGGUGCGGCCAUGGUGGGGGCUGGCGUGCUGGGAGCUGUGCUGAGGUGCAUCUGCCUACACUGGUACAACCGCAAAUUCCGCGAGGAAGAAGAGGAAGAAGAACAACACCAGGCCCAGAAGAACGUCGUCAGCGUAGUGGAGAGUGGUCAUGCCCACGCCCACACCCACACCCACACCCAUGGCCAUGACAAAGCCCACGCGCAUGACAAAGCCCACGCGCACCACGAGAAGCCCAAGCUCAAGACUCAGGCCAGCGUGGGCAAAGACUUCGACCUGAUAAAGCAGCCUUCGGCCGCCAGCGACACCUAAGACCCGACCAGUAGUUUAAGCGUUCAUGUGCCGCUUGAGUGGCGCGGCGGCCAUCUUGUUUUUUAUCUGUCAUGCCUGUCAAAAUGGCGAUUUUGUUUGCAACGCAAUUACGCGAAAUCUCUGAUAUUCCGAAUUUAGCAGGCAUUGUAUUAGUUUGGGCAUUUGUGCAAUUAUCAUAUAUUUUAUUAUUUUUGCUUGUUUUCGUCUUUGAUGUUUUUUUUGAACUAGUCAUUUCUUCCCUUGUGGAUAACCUGUUACUUAAUUUAUAAGUUAUGUUGGUGAAUGGGCCGCCGCGAGUUUGCGUGUGUGAAUGCGGUGAACGAACGUAGAUACGCGUGACUGUCACUCGAUAUCGAGCGACUAGUGUUUGUAUUUUAUGUACUUAUUUUAAGGAUAUACCAUUUUGGUUAAUAAUCCUGAAUGUAUGUGAUUCUCAUUAGCGUUAACCAUUAAUUGGAAGCUUGUUUUUGAUAUGCGGGCGUGUGACUUGUCUGGAGACAUCCAGACCUCGUAUUUUCCAUACUCUUUUAAUUUAACUUCAACUUUACGAGGUUAUUUAGUUCCUGAUCAGUUUUUAUACCCGAAUAUCAUAAACAGGCAAUAUUUAAUCCCUACCACUUCUUGUACAUAUACAUUAUAUGGUACAGUUUAUUACAUAUCAUUUUGAUUAGUACCUACCCUUAAACCACCCCGUAGUUGACACAUCUCUGAUUUAGUUUACUCAUAACUAUCACCCUAUUCUAAGUAUCAAAAUUUUAACUACGUUUUGCGGCGUUGCUUUAAUAUAUUUUUGAGAUGUUUACAAAAUUUAAUCCCAAAUAUUAAUUGCUUAAUUUUAAAUUUAUAAUGGAAUUUUAAAUCGGAAACUACGGACCACAUUUAAAAAUAUAUUAAAAAGCAUCCGAUAAAACAAAAUUAACAGCUAAAAUGUAUAAAGGAGAUUAUCUAAAAUUUUAAUUAAACCUUUUUAUUAAAACUCUACCGUCCGUUAAAACAGAAUGUUA